GGGACGGAGCUGGUUGCCAAGGCGACGCCCGCUAAGAUGGCUGCUACGUCUUCGUCGGACUCAGACAGCCGCAAGGCUGAGAGCAAUGACGCCAGUUCCAAAUGGCUCGACGCGCACUAUGAUCCCAUGGCCAACAUCCACACCUUUUCUGCCUGUAUGGCACUGGCAGAUUUGCACGGGGAUGGGGAGUACAAGCUAGUGGUGGGGGACCUCGGCCCAGCAGGACGGCAGCCGCGCCUCAAGGUGCUCAAGGGACCCACGGUGCUGAGUGAAAACCCACUGCCCGCCCUGCCCGCGGCCGCCGCCACCUUCCUCAUGGAGCAGCAUGAGCCCCAUACGCCAGCUCUGGCCCUCGCCUCGGGCCCUUGUGUCUAUGUGUACAAAAACCUUAGACCCUACUUCAAGUUCAGCUUGCCCCAGCUGCCUCCAAACCCCCUGGAGCAAGAUCUUUGGAACCAGGCUAAGGAGGACCAGAUCGACCCCUUGACCCUGAAGGAGAUGCUGGAGAGCAUCCGGGAGAAGGCAGAGGUGCCUUUGUCAGUACAGUCGCUCAGGUUUCUGCAGCUGGAUCUGAGCGACAUGGAGGCGUUUGUGAACCAGCACAAAUCCAAGUCCAUCCAGCGGCAGACAGUCAUCACCACCAUGACCACCUUGAAGAAGAACCUGGCUGAUGAGGACGCCGUGUCCUGCCUGGUGCUGGGCACUGAGAACAAGGAGCUCCUGGUGCUGGACCCUGAGGCCUUUACUGUUUUGACCAAGAUGAGCCUGCCCAGCGUCCCCGUCUUCCUGGAGGUGUCUGGCCAGUUUGACGUUGAGUUCCGGCUCGCCGCUGCCUGCCGCAAUGGGAACAUCUACAUCCUGAGAAGAGACUCCAGGCGCCCCAAAUACUGUAUUGAGUUGAGUGCCCAGCCGGUGGGGCUCGUGCGUGUACACAAGGUCCUGGUGGUGGGCACCACCCAAGACAGCCUGCAGGGCUUCACCCACAAGGGCAAGAGGCUGUGGACCGUGCAGAUGCCCGCGGCCAUCCUGACCAUGAACCUCCUGGAGCAGCACUCUCGGGGCCUGCAGGCUGUCAUGGCAGGGCUGGCCAACGGGGAGGUCCGCAUCUACCGCGACAAGGCCCUGCUCAAUGUCAUCCGUGCCCCGGAUGCAGUGACCAGCCUUUGCUUUGGCCGCUACGGGCGGGAAGACAACACCCUCAUCAUGGCUACGCGAGGUGGCAGCCUGAUUAUCAAGAUCCUGAAGCGAACAGCAGUGUUUGUGGAAGGGAGAGGGGAGGCGGGCCCCCAACUAGCACAAGCCACGAAAUUCAGCGUGCCCCGAAAGACCCGGCUUUAUGUGGAUCAGACUUUGCGAGAGCGGGAGGCUGGCACUGCCAUGCACCGGAGCUUCCAGACAGACCUGUACCUGCUGCGCCUGCGGGCCGCCCGCGCCUACGUACAGGCCCUGGAGUCCAGCCUGAACCCCGUAUCUGCCACGGCCCGGGAGCCCCUCAAGCUGCACGCCGUGGUCCAGGGCCUCGGCCCCACCUUUAAGCUCACACUUCACCUACAGAACACUUCCACCGCCCGCCCCAUCCUGGGGCUACUGGUGUGCUUCCUGUACAACGAGACGCUGUACGCGCUACCCCGGGCCUUCUUCAAGGUCCCCCUGCUGGUGCCAGGGAUCAACUACCCUCUGGAGACCUUCGUGGAGAGUCUCAGUGACAAGGGCGUCUCAGACAUCAUCAAGGCGCUGGUGCUUCGAGAAGGCCAGAGCGCGCCCCUGCUGAGUGCUCACAUCAACAUGCCGGUGAGCGAGGGGCUGGCAGCUGCCUGAGCUCUGGGCUGCUGGUGCAACCUCUGUGGACUGAGCCAGGAAGAUCCGGCACCUCCCACUGAGCUGCGCAUGUGGUGGGCCUGGGCUACUCCCUGCACAGCAGCCUGCUGGGGUGACAACUUCCCUCCUCUCCUAAACACACCCUUCUCACCACCCUCAGGGACCUCUCGUAGCAGGACACUGAGUACCCAGGACACUCAGCUCCUUUCACUCGGGAAAACCCAGGGACUCCAGCUGCUGCUUCUAGAAACCACACCCAAGCCUGAAGGAAGAGCCCCAAAGUGGCCAGAGCAGGGCCAUGGCCAUAACUGGGAGGGUCUGACCUGGGGCAGUCAGGCUUUUCUUGGGUGAGCGUGGCCCCCUGUUGCUCCCUGGGGUCCCAGAGACUUGGCUACCUAGGCUCCACUGUAGGCAGAACACAUGCUGUUCUCUCAAGACCCAGACAAGGGGCCCCUCUCCAUUCUUAGGCUCAGCAAAGGCCUCCGGCCUCCCCUGCUCCUAGAGGAGCACCAGUGGAAGAGCUGCUGGGGCAGGGGGGUGCUCGCUCAGGGAGCUGGAGGCCCCAGCCCCGCCGGGACCUAAGGACCACACAGUCUCAGGACCCCACCUGGCCGCUCACCCCAGGAUAGAUAGCAUCCCCGGAGAAAGAAGGCUGAGCUGGGCAGAGCAGAGCAUGGCUGGGGCACCCAGGAGGGAAUGCCCUCAGGAUGCUCGUCUGUGCCUAGGUCAGUCACGUGGAUGAGUUCACUGGGCCAAGGUCAGUGGAGAGAAUUAGCUGGCGCUGAGUGAGGCUGGGCAUGCAGAGGCAUGUCUACACCACCAGGCAGGUAGCCCUCUCCAGGCUCACUGCCUCCUGGAGCCCCUGGCCAGUGCCCCGGCCUACCUCACUGCCCUCUGUUGCUGCCAGGGCAGUCUCUGAGUCACUGUGACGGCCUCCAGCGUCCCCUCUCUGACCAGGAGCUGCCUGGCUGUGGCAGACACUCAGGCUUGUGGGGCAUGACCAAGUUUUUAUGAGAACAGUGUAUAACUUUAUUGAAAAUAUUAAAUGGAAAUACACCAUGUUUAUGAACCAGAAAAUUCAAUUUCACAUAGAUGGUCAUUCUCCCCAGACUGACUUCCAGGUUCAACCAAGCUCCAUUUACAGUCUCAGAGAGGUUUUACUGGUGGACUUUGAUGAACUAGUUCUAAAAUUUAUACAGAAGAACACGGGUCAAGAAUAAAUCUUAAAGGAUCAUACACAGGCGCAGACAAAAUGGCCAAGAGGGCAAAACAGAAAAACAACUUGUAUACAGCAGUGCUGAUUUGUAAAGCAGGAAAAGGAGGAUAAAUCUCAGGAGCAUAAUAUGGAGGGAAAAGGCAGGUCGCAGCGGAGUAAACAUGGUAUGCUUCAAUGUGUAUAAAGUCCCCAAACAUGCAAGCCAACACAAACACAUGUAAUAAAACAACAAAGCAAAGCCGGGGGCCGAUCAAGAGCACCACAGUGCUCCUUGCUUCAAGAGGAAUUAUUUUAUUAACAUUCUCUCGCAUCUCCUCACUAUUGAAUGAACAACACCAAACAAAGAAAAGCUGUUUCGGAGGUUGAGGGGUCACUCGGGAGGGCAGAGGUCUCCUGACACUCGGUAUAUGGUUCGGUGCCAGGCACCCAAGUUUGAACUUUACAAAAAGGAACAGCACGUACCCUCUGAAAAACAGAACACACAAAGACCUAGCAGCCCAAACUGCUGAGGGCAGUGCCUGUCAGGAGGGUGGGCUUCUCUGAGGAUUCUUGGGGGGCAAGCUGGCCAGGUCACUGGAAGACCUCUCCACAACAGCAGCAUCUACAUAGAAACUUUCCCACUUCACUCUAUUUUUGGUCCAGUCCCUCACACUCAGCCUCCCUGGUGCCCCUGAGGCCACAGAGACCAAAAAGCCCUCGCCUCCAUGCGAGAGAGGCAGCUGCUGGGCCUGAGGGGUCUGGGGAGAGGGCAGCCUAGCUGCCCCUUAUGCAGACUUGGCAUCCAGCCCCGCUGCUGGACCAAGCCGGACCUCGCCUUCCGCGGCGCCGGUGGAUUCCUGAGCCCUCCGCAGUUCUGGAUGGCGCCUCAGCCUGCGCCUCGGGGAACAGCGUCCAAUUCCCUACGAGAAUGAAGGCUCCUCCACUGCUUCCUCUCACGACAGGCUCUCGGCUCCACCACUACCUCCCCUCCGGCUUCUCCUUGGAAACUGAUCCCUGACUUCUUUACUAUCAUUCUAGACUUUAAGAAGAGACAGAGAGAAACCCCUGCGCUUGCUCCUGCCAAGCUAGCCAGAAGGCCUCGCACUCUUUUUAAAUGAAAAGGCUGGACACCUGACUUCGCCACCUGCCUCACUCGCCUCAGCUGUGCGAGGGGGCCGAGAAAGCACGGCCCUCUGGGUUCCGAGCCUCGCCCCUCCACUCGCAACCUGACUGCUUAACAGCUCGCAGGUUUCUCACCCACACAACUGCCGCCGAGUGCCAGGUUAGCUAGAGACUUGGUGAGACCACUGUGGCAGAGAUGCUACCAACCAGGAAGCAACUGGGAGUGAACUUGGAUUCGCCAGCCCUGGGUCUCCACAAGCCGCCUUGUCCUACUGCUGCCCCACCCCCCACCCCACCAGGCAGAGGCAGUGCCCUGACCCCUCGCACCUUCGGCAUCUCUGGCUCCAUCUCUGGCUCCCCCCGUCUGACAAGCAGAGGAACCCGAGACCGCAGCCCAGGCCACGGUGGGGGCUAAAACCCUACAGACGUGCAGGGGGUCCAAGAAGUAAGUGGUGUUUUAUUAACCCGGCAAAGGGGCAGUAAGACAGCCGAGCAGCCCCUGCCAGACCCAACACUGUACUCGGGGGCCGUGGGCAGCCGCAGGGCCCAAGCCCUGGACACUAGGAGCCCAAACUAGGAGGGACGCAGCUAAGGAUGGGGCUGGAGUUGCCAAAAGCCAGCAUAAAGUACCAACCUGCCUCCUUCCGGAGGCCAGUGGAGGCAGGCCGGAAUGCGUGCUGGCUGCCCCACCACGCUCCCCCAUCCCUGUGCACCCUGGCUCCUCCUGGAGUCAGGAAGCCACCCCAUCAGCUGUGGUCUGGAAGGCGAUCCCGUCCCCAGGCAGCGGGGAGGCCAAGAAGGGCCAGAGCCAGACGAGAGCCCAGCGGGGUCCCAGGGCUGCCCGCAGGUUGUGGCAGGGACCCAGGUCGUAGGCGU